AUGGCUGUGGCUGUUGGACUAACAGUGUGUGGGAAUCUGUUGGUGAUCAUCUCCAUCUCUCACUUCAAGCAGCUCCACACACCAACAAACCUGCUACUCCUUUCGCUGGCUGUGGCUGACUUUCUAGUAGGAGCGACUGUGAUGCCAUUAAGUAUUACAACCUUAAUAGAAACCUGCUGGUACUUUGGGGACAUUCUUUGCUCUUUUUACAAAUCACUUGACUGUGUUCUGAUUUCAGUUUCUCUUUGUAAUCUGGUGUUAAUCGCCAUAGAUCGUUACUUUGCUGUGUGUGACCCAUUCUUUUAUUCUACAAAAAUAACAGUGAAUGUGAUGUACUUAUUAAUAUUACUCAGCUGGUUCAUAUCUCCAUUGUAUGUGAUAAUUUUGCUUUAUGUAAAUGGCAAUUUUAGUGAUUCUAAAGCACUAAAUCUCUGUCUUGGAGAGUGUGUGUUUAUAAUGAAUGAAACAUGGGCAACAAUUGAUAUGGUUACUUCUUUUAUAUUGCCUUGCUCUGUUAUGACAACUCUAUAUAUAAAGAUUUUUAUAGUUGCAAAAAGGCAUGCAAAAGUAAUUAAUUCUUUAAAAAAUAAUAAUUCUAAGAAAGAAAAGAUAUUAUCAAAAACCAACAAAAGAAAAGCUGAAAAGACAUUAGGAAUUGUAGUGUUUGCCUUUCUUCUUUGUUGGGUGCCAUAUUACAUUUGGUCACUAAUUAUAGAAAAGAUUACAAUAUCCAGAUUUAUUUCACUUUAUUUCCCUUGUGUGUUAGUUUAUCUUAACUCUUCUAUUAAUCCAAUUAUUUAUGCUCUGUUUUAUCCUUGGUUUCAGAAGUCGGCAAAACUAAUAUUAACUUUUAAAAUAUGUUAUAUAGCAUCUUCUUUCAAUAGCCUGUUUCCAGACAACAAAUAA